GAUCCCAACACUUCUGUUGCCAUUGUAACCGAAAUCCGGAACAAUAUAUCGCUCAAAAAGGAAGAUGUUAUUCAGUUAAUCGCACCCAUGCUUCCUCCCCAACUAAAGAUUGACCUCAAAAACCCUACCUUGGUUGUAUUUGUUACAGUGUUCAAGAGUGUUUGUGGUAUGAGUGUCCUGGAAAACUACUAUCAAAAAAAGAAGUUCAAUUUGGUAACGUUA